AUGCAGCUGACUGCGGUUGUGGCAUUCCUGGUGGCUUUCCAUCAGAACAAGCAGCUGAUUGGAGACCGGGGCCUGCUGCCCUGCCGCACGUACCUGAAGAAUGUACAGCAGUAUUUCCGGGGCCCAGUCAGCUGGGAUGCCGUGAGCUAUGCACCCACCGUGCUCUGGCUGCUGGACUGGUCACACAUGGACUCCAACCUGGAUGCCCUCGCACUUCUCGGGCUGGGCGUCUCUUCUUUCAUCCUGGUCACCGGCUGUGCCAAUAUAGUGCUCAUGGCCACUCUCUGGGUUCUCUACAUGUCCCUGGUCAACGUGGGACAGAUCUGGUAUUCAUUUGGAUGGGAGUCCCAGCUUCUGGAAACAGGAUUCCUGGGGAUCUUCCUGUGCCCUCUUUGGACUCUGUCUCGAUUGCCCACGGGGACGCCCCCGUCCCAGAUCGUUCUGUGGGGCUUUCGGUGGCUGAUUUUCAGAAUCAUGCUUGGAGCAACGCCUCGCUCGCUGGCUUCGGGGAGUGUCUCCUAAAGGCCAGGUGAGU